AUGGAUUUCAAAUUACUAGCCCCAAAGAACGACAUAAGGUCGCUGAAAGUCCAAGCGGUUGCCUCCUUCUGCAACGUGAAAUUGAACAUUCCCAAUUUCGAAAUUGGCAAGGAUGACAAGACGCAGGAGUUCCUUGAUUACUCACCCCUUGGUAGGCUCCCCGUUUUAGUAACCCCCAGUGGAAGUAUAUUCGAAAGUAAUGCCAUUAGUAAGUACCUAUGUAACAUAAGGAGGGAAAACAACCUAUUAGGAAAGGGAGUCUUUGAAGAAGCACAAGUAAACAUGUGGGUAGAUUUUAAUACCUACGAAUUGGAGAUUCCAGUCUGUUGCUACAUUAGCAAUAAGUCAAACGAGAAGUCCCUAAAACAUAUAGAAGAAACAUUUGCCUGCUUGAAUAAUCAUUUGUUGUUAAACCAGUUUAUGGUGGGCAAUGGAAUAACCUUGGCAGAUAUAUUCAUAUGUGUCAUCAUAAAUUUUGCAAUGAAGUCCGAAAAAAUAAAUGAGAACUUCUUAAAAAAAUAUGGAAACUUGUUUCGACUGUACAACACCAUUAGUAACCAGAAGCAGUUCAAGUACGUGUUUGCCAGUCAACAGGGCGCAGGAAAAAAAGCAGCUACCCAAGAGAAGAAUGUACAAAAAAAUGCAAACGUUGAGAAAAAGAAAGAAAAGAGCAACAAAAAGAAAGACAAUAAAAAUGAUGAGGAUGAUGAAUGUGAGUUGUUAAGUGAUGAACCAACUGAAAAAAAAACUAAGAAAGCAAACCCACUAGAUUUGUUACCCCCAUCAUCGUUUUCUCUUGAUGAGUGGAAGUACAAGUUUAGUAACGAAAAGGAUCUACUCAAUGUUGCCAUGCCCCAUUUCUGGAAAACAUAUGAUCCUAAAGGCUUCUCAUUAUAUUAUAUGAAAUAUGAUAAAUUAGAAGAUGAAUGUCAAAUAUCUUUCGUUGCUUGUAAUAUGGCUGGUGGCUUCUUGCAGAGGUUAGAUAACAAUUUUUCCAAAUACUCUUUUGCCGUUGUUACUGUGCUUGGAGAAAACAAGGAUUAUGAUAUCGAAGGAGUGUGGUUAUUCAGGGGCACCGAAAUUCCUUUCGAAAUGAAGGAUCACCCAUCAUUUGAGUACCAUGUCUUUAAAAAGUUGGAUGUCAACAACAGUGCCGACAAACAAAUUGUGGAAGACUACUGGUGCUCGAAGGAGUCCGUCGCCUCGCGCCCUCUCGUUGACCGCAAGGUUUGGAAGUGA